GCGACAGUCGGGGUGUUUGGUAGGGAGAGAUUUAGGGCUCUUCCUCUCUGUCUUUACUCUCGCUCUCGGUCUCGCCCUCUCUCAAACUUUAUAUUUAAAUAUAGUGCAGAGAGGAGCAGCGGAGGGGUCUUGGAACAUGAUGGCAGCACGCAGUUUUUGGAUAAUUUCUGGAGUCAUAACUAUUCUCGGGACUUUAAUGGGUCUGGUGCAAUGCAAUGAGGAGUCACAGCUGAUCAGCCACUUGUUCAAAGGCUACAACAAGAAUAUUCGGCCGGUGGUUCAUCCUGAAGACAGAGUGCAGGUUCAGAUCAAGCUGACCCUCACUAAUCUUAUUUCCCUGAAUGAAAAGGAGGAGACUCUCACGACCAAUGUGUGGAUUGAGAUUCAAUGGACAGAUUAUCGCCUUGCCUGGAACGCGUCUGACUAUUAUGGCAUUAGUGUCAUUCGUGUCCCAUGCAACACUGUUUGGCUUCCUGAUAUAGUCCUUGAAAACAACAUUGAUGGCAAAUUUGAUGUGGCUUACUAUGCCAACGUGUUGAUCGACAGCAGUGGCUGGAUGUAUUGGCUGCCUCCCGCUAUCUAUCGCAGCACCUGCGCCAUCGAGAUCACCUACUUUCCAUUUGAUUAUCAAAAUUGCACCCUAGCAUUCAGAUCCCAGACAUACAGUGCCAAUGAAGUGGACCUUAUCUUGGCUGUUGGUGAAACUGGGGACACUAUUGAAUGGGUGGACAUCGACCCUGAGGCUUUCACAGAGAAUGGUGAAUGGGCCAUUGUGCAUCGUCCAGCAAGGAAGAUGAUCAACACAAGGUAUUCCCCUGAUGACCUGGAGUAUCAAGAGAUCACAUUCAACCUGAUCAUCCAGCGGAAGCCCCUCUUCUACAUCAUCAACAUCAUCCUGCCCUGCUCCCUCAUCUCCUCACUGGUCGUCCUGGCCUACUUUCUACCUGCACAAGCUGGAGGACAGAAGCUGACUGUGUCCAUUUCUGUCUUGCUGGCUCAGACUGUCUUCCUCUUUCUUAUUGCUCAGAAGAUCCCUGAGACCUCUCUUUCUGUCCCUCUCAUCGGCAAGUACCUGAUCUUUGUGAUGUGCGUCACCACUCUGAUUGCUACUAAUCAAAUUGUAGUGCUGAACUUCUCGUUGCGCAGCCCCAGCACUCAUACUAUGUCCCAUACCGUCAAGCAUUUGUUCCUGGAAAUGGUACCUCGUUUCCUAGGCAUGUCUCCACUGGUGGAUGAGAGUGAGGUGAUGACAGAAGUAAACGGGGUGAGGGAGAGGCGGCGCAGCUCCUUUGGCCUCAUGCAGAGAGCAGAGGAAUAUGUAAUGAAGCAACCUCGCAGUGAAAUGAUGUUUGACAAACAAAGAGAGAGGCAUGGUCUCACACGAUCAAUAGUGGACAAUAUAGAUGUCAGCAGCACAGCCAAUCUGUACAAGAGUUUGGCCCAAGCUGCACCUGAGAUUAAGCAAUGUGUGGAUGCCUGCAACUUCAUUGCUGAGAGCACGAGACAACAAAAUAACAUCGGCUCUGAAAUUGAAAGCUGGGUCCUGAUUGGGAAGAUGAUUGACAAGGUGUGUUUCUGGGCUGCCAUUCUCCUCUUCAUCAUCGGCACUGUGGGGAUCUUCUUAACAGGACACUUCAACCAGGCCCCAGACUUUCCAUUUCCUGGGCAGAGCAAAAAAUAUGCCCCAAGUUAAAAACAAAAAUGGAUUUAAACAAAUUGUUUUGCUCUGCUGGGACCUUUCAAAGGUUCAUUGUGCCUCAUAAUGGUGAGUAGUGUCGCUCACUGAGACUUCCAGGCUAAGGGUUGAGUUCUGUCUUUGAGGCAGGAUUUAUAUUUACCACCCAGACUUACCUCUAUCAACACUUCUCAAGCAGCCGAGAGGUUUCAAACUUGCAACUUAGUUCUAAGUUUGUCAGCUGGGUGUAAGUUCUUAGGAUGCAUUUAUUAAUCGACUGGUUGGGUCUAGUUUAAAAAGUUGUGUUUUAAGUCAACAUAGCAAUAAUCAUCAUCAUAAAUAUCAUAUUAAAUACAAUUAUUUUUGGUUUGUUUUGUGGUAUAUAUGACUCAGCUGUGUGCGUUUAGAUAAGUCCUGACUUCAGGUCAUAGAUGCAUUUGAAGACUGAACCAUGCUGAGAGAAUUCCUUGCACUGCAGCACAGAACUUCUCAACUCAAAACUGCUACAAGACUGUUUUUAUAUGGAGUCAUAUACACUGUGUGUACUGUGUGUAUUAAAAAAAAAAUCAUCAAGUGAUUUUAUUGACAUGCUGCCCAUCAUCCAUGGGUUCAUAACAACCAUCCAUGUAUCACAAUGAAAAACAGUGUCUAAAGUCUGGAUACCGUGCAUGUACAAUGUCUUAUGGGAAGAAACUGUGCAUGUAACAUGAGCCAGGAAUCUCUGAGUUAAAGCCUUAUUCUUCUUAUUAUGACUUAUUUAUUAGGAAGUGUUGUUUGAGGUAAAUGGCUUAGUGGGAUAUUGUCUUGAUAUCAUUGUGCCAUGUUUUUUUAAAAAUAAAUUCCUUAUUUUGUCCAUUA